AUGGGUUCAGUCGCUGAGGUCGCCCAGAAGGGAGUGGAGCAGGAUGACUUGGUCAUGCCGCUGAUCGACUUUGGCACCUUCCUGCACGGCGAUGCAACCGCCAAGAAGACGACCGCCGAGCAAAUCUCCCACGCGUUCAAGACCUCGGGCUUCCUGUAUCUGCAGAACCACGGCAUCCCAGAGGACCAGGUCAAGUUGGCGUUCUCGGAAUCGGCAGACUUCUUCAAGCGGCCACAGGACCAAAAGGACGGCUUGAAAUGGACCACCCCGGACGCCAAUCGCGGGUACGUGACCUGGGGUCGCGAGAAGGUCACGCAAUCCGACGACCCGGACGAGAUCGCCAAACUGCGCGCCUCCAACCCCGAUCUCAAGGAAUCCAUGGAGAUUGGUCGAGAGGGUGUGGAGGGCAAACCGAACCAAUGGCCCGACCGGCUCGACGACGCAGGCAAGGUCUUCACGCGCGACAUGCAGCGCUUCUUCCUCACCUUGAAGGAUCUGCACGUCAACGUCAUGCGCGCCAUCGCCUUGGGCAUGGGGCUGGACGAACACUUCUUCGACAGCUAUACCGACGGAGGCGACAAUACGCUGCGCCUGCUGCACUACCCGCCCGUGAAGAAGAGUGUCUGGAAAGCGAACCCGAACCAGGUGCGCGCGGGCGAACACUCGGACUACGGUUCCAUCACGCUGCUCUUCCAAGACGAAAUCGGCGGCCUAGAAGUCAAGUCCCCCAAGGGGACGUGGGUGCGCGCCACACCCAUCCCCGGCACCAUUGUCGUCAAUGCCGGUGAUUUACUCCAACGGUGGAGCAACGAUACCAUUCGGUCCACGAACCACCGCGUGAUUCAACCGCCGCCAAAGGAUGCGGGAUCUGACGACGACGAUCCCGACGCCCUCGUACCGGCAAGGUACAGUAUUGCCUAUUUCUGCAAUCCGAACUUUGAUCGCUUCAUCGAGGCCUUGCCGGGCACAUGGGAUCCCACAGCCAAGCCGAAGUACCCGGGAAUCAACAGCGGAGACUAUCUGAUCAUGAGGUUGGCAGCGACGUAUUGA